ACGGGGAGACGGUUUGAGACGGGCCGUGAACUUACGAACGGAAAUCAAGAACAUCGGGCAAAGUCUAUUAGAGAACGAAGGAAAAGAACAGAACAGAAAAGACAGUGAAAGAUCAGAGAUGACCCUGGGUCUGAUCAAUGCCAACCCAGUCGUUCAUGCUAAGAAGGAGAGAAUCGCCCGCACUGAAGAUCCUCAUUGCGACGAUGCCGUUGAUCCUCUGGAAAUUUAUGAUUUCGUGAGGGAUAUAAGAGAUCCGGAGCAUCCAUACUCACUGGAGCAGCUCAGUGUUCUAUCAGAGGAAUCGAUCACCGUUGAUGAGAAGCUUGGUCGUAUUCUCAUUACUUUCACUCCAACCAUUCAGCAUUGCAGUAUGGCUACAGUAAUUGGUCUUUGCCUUCGAGUUAAACUAAAAGACUGUUUCCCUCCUCAUUUUAAGGUUGACAUCAAAGUAUCUCCUGGAUCUCAUGCCAAUGAAGAAUCAGUUAACAAGCAACUGAAUGACAAAGAAAGAGUCGCAGCUGCUAUGGAGAAUCCCAAUCUUCGCCAACUUGUGGAUGAGUGCCUCUAUUCCAGUGAACUCUGAUCAAGUUCAAUCACCUGCUUUAUAGCCACUGUACAAAGUUAUUGGCAGUAGUUGGUUAAUGAUAAUAAGUUCUAUGCAAUUUCCUGAAUGUAGUUUAUUCUGUAUUUCUAUGAGUCUAGCAGUUACAGUUUUAUAUGAACAGAACCAAUGCUGGCAUAUAUAGCGUGAUGCAGUGUGGAUUGUCUCUGUAUAAGCUCUUGUUCCCAGUUCAGUUCAAAUAAGUGCUUUAGUUAUUGA